AUGUCUGAUUUAGAUGAUGAUUUAUUGGCAUUAGCCGGUGCAGGGGAUUCAGAAUCCGAAAUGGAAGCUGACAUUCCUCUGAAACGUCAAAGUAAGUCUAGUGACAGCUCUGGGUCAUCAAAGAAAAGACGAGUUGACACGAGCGAUCUAGAAUUUGAUGAUCAGGGUGAAGAUGAUGAAGAAGCUGAGGACGAAGAUGAUGAUGAAGAAGAAGAAGACUUGGUGAAUCCCUAUCCCCUUGAAGGUAAAUAUAAGGAUGAGGAAGAUCGAGAAAACUUAUUGUCGAUGGAUGAAAUUAAGAGAGAACAAACAUUAUUCGAAAGAACCCAGGAAAUGGAAAGUUAUAAUGAAAAGAAGUACUUGCAGCAAAGAAUGAAGCAGCAACAACAAGGUGCUAGUGAUGCAAAGGCUACAAGAUCUAGUAAAAGAACUAAAGUCCCAGGAAAAAGUUCAAAACUCGAUAAAUUAAGUGAAUUGAGGAAGCAAAGAGAACAAAAAUCACGCAAAGAAAAUAGAAGAGAUUAUGAUGAUUAUUCAGACGAAGGAGAAGAAGAGGAUGAAGAGGACGAUGAACGAGGUUUUAUUGAGGAUGAUGAAGACGAAUACGGGUAUGGCGAAGAUGAGGUUGUCUGGGGCUCUGGAACUAGCUCCAAAUUUAAGAAGAGAAGUACCGAGCGUGCCAAGUUGGAGGAUGUAAAUAGGACUAGAGUUGGACGAUCUAUUUUGCUUAAACACUGUUUCUACAGUGACUUUUCUGAUACUAUUAUCGAUUGUUUUGCCAGAAUUAAUAUUGGGAUGGACAAGAGAACAAAACAACCAAUGUAUAGAAUGGUUCAAAUAAGUGAUGUUAAGAACAUCCCUGAAAAGGCGUAUAGUACUCCAAACUUUAAAUGUGACAUAUAUUUAACAGUGAAUCAAAAUAAGGAACAAAGGAAAGAUUUCCCAAUGAGCAUUUUUUCUGACUCCCCAAUAUUACCUGAAGAAUUUGACAGAUAUUUACAUGAAUUGAGUAAGACCGGAGAAGAUAUAUCUUACUUAGAUGAUGUAAAUGAAAAAUACGAAAGUUUGCAAUACUUAUUGAAUAGAGGAGUGUCAGAUAAAGAUGUUAAUGAGAUGAUUGCUAAAAAGCAAAAGUUGCAGUCCAAUAUUCAAGGUUACGAUGCGGUUUUCCAGAAAACUAGGGUGAUGGAUCAAUUGAAGAUUGCCAAACAAGAAAACAACCUAAGUAAAGUUAAAGAGUUGAGUGAUAAAUUACAUAAAUUGGACCAAGUAUUAAUUUCCCAAAAUCAGUCGCAAAAUAAUUCAGACUCGUUCAACUCGAUGUCUAAGGUUAAUGAAAGAAACAGAAAAUUGAAUUUGUUAAAUAUCGAUAGGGUUGAGUCGAAGUCGUCCCAACAAAGAAAGUUAGCAGAGUUUGAUGGGGGUGAUCCGUUUUCAAGAUUGAAGACGAGAACUAAAGUGUUCUACCAAGACUUAAUCAACCAAGAAAAUGAAAAGGCAAUUGAUGAUGCCAAGAUGAACUAUGAAACAUUAGUGGCUGAAAAGUCUGAAAAAGAAGCAAAAAUUGCUCGCUCAAGCUAUAGGUGCCUAGGAGUGAUGGAUAGUUUGAUUAAGGAGAUUGAUCUCGAUUUGGAAAUCAACAUUUGA